UGGCUGUUCGGAGCGCCUCGGUCCCGCGAGCCUAGCGAUCGAGGAUGUUUGCGCCUCCAAAAUCAACUCUCACCCGGCCAUCUCUUCCCCUAAUCAUCCGCCCGUGAGGUGCGGAGGGAUUCUCGUAUCCAUAAAUCCUCCUAACGCCCCUUCCAUCCGGCUUGAAGCUCUUUAAAUCAAGUUGUUUGGCGAAGUCAAGCCGCACCACUGAGAGAGUGAGUGUGACCAAGAGCCCUGAACAUCCAAAUGGCCGAACCGAGAAAAGUGCAGUUUGUCACCCUGUCGGCCAUGGCUGGCGGUCAGGGCGCGGAGGGCUGGAUACGGCGGCUGGAGGAGGACGGGGGCGCGGAGAUGAGCUUUGACAGCGAGGGCAGGAUGAAGAUGUCGGGCACCGGGGUGACGGCUGCUGCGGGUGACCGCGGGGGUUUGAUCGGGAAGAGAGACGGCGAUGAGCCCAAAGGGAAGAAGACAGUGCGGCUCAAUCUGUGUCUGUCCGAGCCCAACGAGCAGUGCUCGGCCGAGUUCAACUACAGCGAGCUCAUCCAGUCUCAACAGACCAAGAAGAAUCCACCAGGUUCUAAGUCUUCCCUGGAUCUGGACAACCCUUUCAACGAUGAUGAGAGAGAACGUCUACAGGUCGAGGCUUUGGCAAAAAAGUUUGAAAGCAAAUAUGGUAACGCAGGGAAAAAGAAGCGGAAAGAUCGGAUGCAGGAUUUGAUUGACAUCGGCUUUGGCUAUGAUGAGAGUGACCCCUUCAUAGACAACUCUGAAGCUUAUGAUGAGCUUGUACCAGCAUCUCUGACAACCAAGCUUGGAGGAUUCUACAUCAACACCGGUACAUUACAGUUCAGAGCUGCCUCCGAAUCUGAAGGAGAAGAGGGAGCAAAAGAUGAAAAAUCCAGAAUGAGAGAUGGAGAGGAGCCACAGAUAAAGAGAAGGAAGAUGAAAGAUGUCACAAGUAUAGAGGAGAAAAAACCAAGAAGGAACAAAGUAGCUAAACAAGGAGUGGCUGCUCUCAACCUUCACCGUCCGGAGAAAAAGAAGAGGAAGAAACUGAUGAAGGAUUCACUCUGUCUGGCUGCAAUGCUUCGACGUUUCACACGAGAGAAGGAAGAAAUGCGGAAACGAGACCCCAAAGUGUCUCAUCUGGGCCCUGGUCUCACCAGCACCCCCAACUCCAACAACGUACCGCAGAACUCUCAUCUCCACGGCAACGCCAACAAUGAGCUUCCGCUUGCCGAACUGACGGCCGACCCCGCCAUGAUGUCAUUGCUAGGUUCAGCCAAUGAAAGCGAGCUUCAGGAUCUCAUGCGGGACCUCGACUUCAGUUUUUUAGACGCAGUGCCCCAGAUGCCCCCGUCAGUAAGGGAGAAUGGGCAGAUUGGUGUGGGUUCGUCAGCUGGGCACAAGAUUGGUGGAGGUGGGCUGAGUCGAGGGCAGGGGGGGCUCAUCUCUCCUCCACCUCUCCCAGAUGGACUUCCUGCACCCUUGAUCAAACGUAUAGAAGACCUAAGGGCUGCAUCGAGGCAAUUUGAUCAGGAAGGCAGAAAGAAAUUCUUCACUCUGGAUAUGAAUAAUAUUUUGCUGGAUAUUGAGCUGCAGGUUCAGGAGCAGCCGGCAGACGUGCGUUCGCAGGUGUACUCUCACCUGGAGGCCUUUGUGCCCUGUAACAAGGAGGCGCUACUCAAACGACUCAAGAAACUGAGCCUCAACAUCCAGGACGACCGUCUGCGAACACCCCUGUUAAAACUCAAACUGGCCGUGUGCAGUGUGAUGCCAGAGCAGAUUGCCAGAUAUAACAUGGAUUGCAUGGCAAAAGCUGCUUCCAAGCAGCAGACUGAGGAAGCAGAGAAGAAUGGAUCAGAGGAUGAUGAUGAAGAGAAACCAGGAAAGAGGGUGAUGGGACCAAGAAAGAAGUUCAUAUGGGAUGAUAAACUCAGGACUCUGUUGUGUAACCUGGUGCGCGUGAAGCUGAGCUGUUAUGAGCUGGAGCAGUGCGCUCUGUCUGUGGAGGACUAUCUCAAAUCCUUCAUGGAGAAUGAAGUCAAACCCCUCUGGCCUAAAGGCUGGAUGCAGGCCAGGAUGCUUUUCAAAGAGAGUCGUGGGGUACACGGUCACCUUACAGGCCUGGGCAGGAAAAGGAUUGUUACAACCUCAAAAGCUGCCAAAAUGACGGAGGUCGGCUGGAUGCAGAGACCAGCUCCAGGUGUCGGAACCACUUCUGCCUCUCCAGCCUUACCUGCUACUGCGUGCAUACUGCCCUCCUCCCCCUCUGAACCCAUCUGCCUCUCUGAUUCAUUGGAUGAGGAUCUGGCUGCUAACUCUCUGGACUCUAUUUCUCAAGCUCUCGCUCUCCUCAGCAAUGCUGCCAAGGGUCUGACGUCAAACAACGGCAUUCCUGCCGCCUCUCCUCCUGGAAUCAUCGGAUCCUCAUCUGGGGUCAGCCACCACUACUCUCCUCUCUCACAUUCCACCCUUCCAGCAAACAUUGAGCUUUCGGGUAUCUCUCUGGCAAAUAUGAGCAAUCUAUCUACCUCUCCCUCCCUCUCCUCUCCUUUCACCUCAUCUCCUUCGUCUUCUAUGCGAGGAGAGACCUUUGGGUUGGUAAAGGACAGUGGGUCCUUGCAGAGAAACUUGGUAAAACCCACUCACAGAGCGGGAUUGAAUGUGGGACAGUCUGCUAAGCCUCGCCCACCCCCUACAGCCUCACCCCUCUUGCCUCCACAGCAGAGGUCUUUUGGGGUGAUGGGAGUAAAGCAGAGUCAGACUCUGCACCCUAUUGGACAGGCGAAGAACUGUGUAAACAAAUCUGGUACUGGCGUCAACGGAAUCUCUGGUACUGCGGUUUCUCAACAGCCUCGUAUGAACACUCACCCCUCUCAGAUGAAUGCCAAGAGCCCUCAACAGUCACGGGUACCCAACUCUACCCCUUCGAUGCCCUCUUCCCCUUCCACCCUGUUAUUGCAGGCCAAGACCCCCACUAUGCCACACAGCCAGUCAAACUUUAUUACACCCAUGCAAGCCACACUCACCAAGUCUUCCCACAGUAGCAGCUCUCCCAUCAUCAAACUCACGCCUAGGCCCCCUGCUCCGACUCCGACUCCUCCCUCCUCCUCUCCCUCGCCUUCAUUAUCGCCCUCCCUGACUCAUCUGAGACCCCAAAUGAUAACCAGCCCACACCAGUACAGCCCCAAGAGCCCAGGGUUCAGACCGCCAUUCACCGCACAGGGAUCUGGUGUCAAAUCAGGACAAGCGAGCUACAGUUUCGCAGGCGGACAGAAAUCCACUAGUCUAUCAAGUGGUGGUUCAGGUAACACCAUUACCACCCCAAUGGCCAAACCCCUGUCUGCAAGUGUCCAGGACUGCAGCCCCUCCCCUUCUGCAGUACCUGUCAAUCACACCCAGCGUCAGAGGACCAUAGGAGGGACUAGUCAGAGUGCCAAGUCGUCAACAAGUCGAGCAUCAGCCAUGACGCUACCCUCUCCUCCUGUCUCCUCUCACCUGCCACAGGGGUCUACGGCAUCAGGAAGUAACCUCUUGGGCUCAGUGCCCCCCUCCCUCCCCCUGGGUUUUGGGAUGCUUGGGGGUCUAGUGCCCGUUUCCCUACCCUUCCAGUUCCCCUCGCUUCUCAAUUUCAACCCCACAGGCCCUGGAGUUCCUGGCUGCAGCAACAUGGGGGCGUCACCCACCACAAACUCAGGAUACACCCUGGCACAGAAUCUGUUUAAGAGUCUGCAGCUAGGGUCUCAGAUUGCUCUACCUCCCCACUUGCAGCUUGCUUUCUCAGAUGCAAACCAAAGUCAGGGGGGAGACACAAAGAGGAAGCCCCACUGACCGCUGUAACCAGAAUGUACACUUUCGCUCUGUUGGCGACGGAUGUUUUCAGCUGCUCAGAUUCUGAAUGGAAAAGAAUCGUGGAUUGACAUGGAAGGGGGAGUGAUGUAAACUUUCAUUAGAUGAUAUUGAGGGACUUGAUUAACGUCAUUCUGCUUUUAAUUGAUCAGUGUUCUGGAUGAUUGGAGUGAGCUGGGUGGGUUUUAAUUAUUGCUAUUUUUUUGUGUCAACAUGUUUACACAAGACCUUAAUCACUGUGGACAUAGAGCUAAUAAAAGGAAGUAAAGAAACAAAGUAACAUAAUUUCUAUUUAAGUUAAUGUCGGCUGAAAAUGUGCAUUACUGUGUUUAUUUUCCGAGUAGUUUUGUUUAAAACUCCUAAAGGGAAGUUAUAGGCCAACAGUUUUAUUUUAAAGACUGUUAAAAUAGUAGCUAUUAAUAAUAAUACAUAUGGGUAAAUUAUUUAUAAAUUUUUGACACAGGGACAUAUUAUGAUGUUUAAGGUGUGUUAGUAGAAUAAAAUGGUAUGUAUAUAAAAUAUACAUAAAUAUGUGAUCUAUUUUCUUUCAAAGUCAGGAUGCGUGUGUGUGCGCGUGCGCAGAUGUCUCGCUGUUUCUGGUGCUGUGUAUCUCACUGGACCUUGUAAAAACUUGAGGUUAAAGUUUCAGUUAUGGAUGAAGAAUGAAUCAUGUAUGUGUGCAAGCUUUCAUAGAGGAGAAUUAUAACAAUAUAGCCUACUUGAAUGGUUUCAUUUUAUUGCUAAACAUCCAUACAAAAUCUUCCUCACCUUUUAAUAAAACGCUUUUGUUUGAAUAACUAUGCAGGACUGUAAAUGUGUCUAAGCUAUUGCUUAGCUCUCCACUUUAAACCAUUAGUGUUUGUGGGGGAUUGUGUGUUUCUACAUUGUCUUGUCACUUUUGUCCCAAUAGAGAUCUUCUUUUCAUGUCUGUGCUGCCUUUUUCACUAUCCAGCAUUUCAAAAUGUCUAGCCCUGCUCGCCAGCAUCUUCUGUGUAAAAAUGAGAAAUGGCACCAAAGAUGACCGCAUUAUAUCAAGAGUUGACAAGUAACAGGUUGUGUUUGUGUGUGCUUGUUCUAACAUCCUGUCUCAAUUUUGUAGGCCAACCUUAAUGCGUGGUCACUGGUUGUCUCUGUGGAUAUUGUGAUGGACAGAAUUUUGAGAUUGAAUGUAUAUAUGGAUUUAUUUUAUUUUCUAAAUAUUGAUUGGGGUGGGGGUGUUUUUGACUGGAACUGGAAUAAGUAUAGGAGUUCUUAUUUUGGUAGAUUAUUUUGGUCUUGAUUCUGAAAUAAAAAUGCCGUCAUUUUUGUCUCAAGUGCAAGCUCUAAACAAUAAUUCAAUAAAACUUUUAGCUGAUGGUUUUGCACUUCCCUAACAGAUUUUUCAAAAUCAACUCACUGUAAUGUAUUUUUUGUAGUGAUAAUUGUAUGUAAAAUGGUUUGUGAAUACCAUUAUAUGUUGACUUGUAAAAAAAAAACAGGUAUAUGGUUUUCCACAUACGGGAAGUUGGUCAUCCUAAAACAAUUCCAGGACCCAGGGAGUACUACCUUGACGGUUAAAUACUUUUCAAACUAAACCUAUAUAUUUUUUUUUCUCACAGUAAUAUAAUCAU